UAAACGACAAAAGUUAUGGCAGGGACCGUAAAUUUCCCAAAAGCGUCUCUUAGUUCGAUGCACUCUCGCGCUGCUAAACCUACACCAGCAGCGAAGAACUCGUUUCCCAAUCAAGUGCCAGGGGAAACGCGGUUUCAAAUAUCCGUUUCCGCGGGAAACUGAUGGGUUUCAUUCAAUUGUUCCUGCGGAACAACGUAACACAAAUCCAAAUGUUUUAGUGAGAGAGAGAAAGAGAAUUCUUUAGUGGCACAAACGUUGAAGCGGUGAAGUGACAGUGUGGGAAGAAAGAGAAAGACAAAGAGAGAGAGAGAGAGGAAAACUAUUCUUUCUCUAGAAACUAUUCUCUCUCUAGAAAUAAUCUUCCCGUAAUGCCCCUCUAAUGGCGGAGGGAAUGAUGGGUGGCCGCGGGACUCGUGCCUGAUUCUCAUUUCCAACAAAAGGUCUCGUUUUCCUCUGGCGUUUUGUCCGAUGGAUGGCCGGAGUUCGGUGGUGGAGGAGGGGAGCGCGGUGGUUGGGAGGAAGAGGAGUGCGGGAUUGAGAGCUAAGCAGGCUGGCAGGGCGUCUUGCCGUGGGAGCUGAGAGUUAUGGCCUUGUUUACCUAGUUGUUUGCUUUCCGUUUCCUCUCUUUACCUCUCUGUCUGUCUCUUUCUCUCUCUGUGUGUCUGUGUGUGUGUGUGCUGGACUUGAAUCGUGGUUUUGCUUGCUGAUCGAUUUCUACGCGUAGCGAAUGGGGUUUUUGCUCAGAGACGCGUUGCGACGGCUCUGUGUUGAGAUCGGGUGGUCAUACGCGGUUUUCUGGCGCGCGAUCGGCUGCCGAAAUCCGAACAGGAAAUUGGUCUGGGAGGAUGGACAUUGUGAAAGGUUGCCUAGCAUUUCGGGUUUUGAUGCAAUGGAUAUGCUACUCAAGGAGAAGGGUUUGACUAGAGGGUCUGCAAAUGAUUGGUAUGCUGAGAUUGAGAGUCAGGCAGAGGAUAAACUUGGCAUGUUGUUUAAGAAGAUGAUGGUAUCUCAGGUUCAUGUGGUUGGAGUGGGGGUGGUCGGGCAAGCUGUUCUUACAGGACACCAUCAAUGGAUUCUCCGGGAUAUGCUUGGGUUAUCCUCAUCUGAUAUCUCAGCUGAGAUGAAGGCCCAGUUUCUUGCAGGCAUACAGACAAUCGCAAUCAUUCCUGUGCUUCCAUUUGGUGUUGUGCAACUGGGAUCUACCCAAAUGGUUAUUGAGAAUAUUGGGUUUAUAAACCAUGUGAGGUGUUUAUUUGCGCAGCUGGGGAGUGUGUCAGGAACCUUUACAUCUGAUGUCACUCAAAAAGCUUUUUGCAAAAACAGCAUCGUACAGGCAUCACCUGCAGUACCAGACUUCACUUGCCUGUCUGGAGAAUUCGGUGCUCAAGCUGUUAGUUCUCUACCUGCUAUUUCUGGUAGAGUCUUUCCUCAGCCUGACCAAAGAAGUACAUCAUUAAGAAUUGCUGAACAGCCAUGUGGUUCCACAUCUGUGGACUUCAAUGUCAAGUCAGAUUCUGGAGUAUCUAAAGUCACACUUGCUAACAUGGCAACUGCAGCCACACAGGCGAUUCACAGUAAAAUGUUGCUCCAAGACAGUGAAACUAUUGCUAAACCUGGCCAUCCGAAUAACCAACUAGAAUGUCAUGCUUCUAAAGCUCAGGUAUCGCCAAUUGAUCCCCGUAGUAGAUUUAAUCGGAAGGCGUUGGAAUAUAGUUCGUGCUCGGGUUUUGAGAAUAAUUCUUUAGCUGUGACUUCAGAUGUAUAUUCAAGUAGCUUAGCGGUUUCUGGGAAGCUACCCACUCCAUCUAAUAGUGGUCUGCUAGAGAAAAAGUCAACAAUAAGUAACAGUGAAUCAGUUCAAACUAGGUCUAGUAGAUCCAAGAGCUCCUAUCAGCAAACAGGUUCUGAUGUUGGAUCAUUUUAUGACAGAAAGGGGCAAUUUUCUGGACAUGCUUUUGGAGAAACUAGCUCAUUUCCUACUGACUUUAAGGUAAAGGUAAAGACUUCUCAUGAUAAUCCAUCUGGUAAUGGGAGAAAUUUUAUGACGAACAACAAGAUAAAUAAUUUAUAUGGGAAGCAAGUGAUAUCAGAAGACUCCAUGUCUACACAUUUCAUGGAGAAAGAUUUUCAAAAGAUAGUUGCUGCGGGAAAAAAAGAUUCAGGGAAUGAUCUAGUUCAAUGUAUUGAUGUCCUUCCUGCUGAAUUCGGUAAAUAUGGCGCUUCCUAUGACCCUCUUGGUGCUCUGUCACAAUCAGAUUGUUGGACAAGCAGCUCCAAUCCUUUGGAAGAAAAGCAAAGGUUCUUGAAUGGUGAAUCCAUUGUGAACAGUCAGCAAAAGUUUCUGGAGGAACCAUGUUGUAUGGGUUUAUUGGAUGGGAAAUCUGCAAAGCUUAUACAAUCUGGUUCUGGAAAUGAUCUCUUUGAUGCAUUGGGCAUUCAAUACAAAGCAGGCCACUGUAAUGUUCAUGAAUUAGAUACUGAUGUGUCCACUUGUAUUACUUCAUUGGAUACAGGCCCCUUUUUUGAUUCACUGAAUCAUGAGAAUUCCUGUACUGAUAUUUUCUUAGAUAAUUAUCACGACCAGCUAUUGGAUGCAGUUGUCUCAAAAGCCAAGUCUGGUGCCAAACAAAACUCAGAUGAUGAUGUCUCUUGUAGAACUUCAAUAACAAAUAUCAGUAGUUCUUCAUUUCGUGGGAGCUCUUCUGCAUCUGGUUGGGUCGCAUCAUCAGGGCAGACAGGCACCAACUUUUCGGGUCGCCUACCAAUGCUAUCGAAGUCAGAACCCGCAAUUUAUAACACUGGCAAGUCUGCUUGUGGCAGUGAUAAAACUGAAGAGUGCUCCAUGAAGAGUGAGCCUUGCAGAACUCCAAUCAUUCCGUGGAUGGACAAUGGCCGGAACAUUAAAUCUGGUAGAGCAUCAAGUGCUCAAUGUAAACGAGUGGAUGAUAUUGGUAAAUUGACAAGAAAGAGAGCUAGACCAGGAGAAAGCCCUAGACCUCGCCCCAAAGAUCGCCAGAUGAUACAGGACCGUGUCAAAGAAUUGCGUGAAAUUGUACCUAAUGGGGCAAAGUGCAGUAUAGAUGCAUUACUUGAAAAGACCAUCAAACACAUGCUUUUCUUGCAAAGUGUCACGAAGCAUGCAGACAAGCUCAAGGAAACCGGGGAGCCUAAGAUCAUCAGCAAGGAAGGUGGCUUGCUUCUGAAGGACAGCUUUGAGAGUGGCGCGACUUGGGCAUUUGAAGUUGGUAACCAGUCCAUGAUAUGCCCAAUAAUUGUUGAAGAUCUGAACACACCUCGUCAAAUGCUUGUGGAGAUGCUUUGCGAAGAGCGUGGCUUCUUUCUGGAGAUUGCUGACUUGAUUAGAGGAAUGGGACUAACCAUACUGAAAGGGGUAAUGGAAUCCCGUGACGAUAAGAUCUGGGCGCGCUUUGUUGCUGAGGCAAAUAGAGAUGUGACGCGAAUGGAGAUAUUUUUGUCACUUGUUCAUUUGCUUGAACCAACCAUGGGAAGUCACAUAACACCUGCAGGUGUUAACAAUCUUGCAACGCGGCAAAUGCCAGCUCCGCCUUCUUCCAUGCCGGCUACUGUAAUUUCUGAUAGUUUGGUUUGAACACUCCGGUUGUUGUUUCGCCACGAAUGCUAAGAGCAGGAUAGUUUCGCCUGCUGUGACUAACAUUCCGGUGAUGGACCUUUUUUCUCCGACUGACUUCGAACUGACCACAGAGGGAGCUUCGAAAGCUUUGAAAUUUAAGAACCUCGUCUGACUGUACAUUUGCAUGCUGAUUGUCAAUCCUCUUAAUUAAAUUCAGUUUGGGGAUUGUAUUUUUGGCUGUUUUAUUGAGUGUGUUGUUGGUUCAGGAGUAGAUUGUAUUUUUCUUGUGGUACACUAUUUAGUACCACAGAUGUAAAAAAAAAUGAGCAGACAUGAAGUAUUUAUUAGUCAGGACAAGUUGUGUAGUUGAUUCUUCUACCAAUUUUUGGUUUCCUCUUCA